UUUUUUUUUAAAAAAAAAAUGAAUUCGGAAUCUUUAAUUAGCCCUAAAUAUGAUUUAAGUCUAUACAAAAAAAUCAGCGAAAAAUAUGAGAAGAAUUCUUUAGCGUAUUUGGAACAAUAUUAUACAAAGAACUUUCUUAUUGAUUCAAGUGAAAACACUACCGAAGAUUUUUAUAUUUAUCAAGCUCCCAAUAAGCUGUGUGUUAUUGGUUUAGCGCCGACACAUCCUUUAUUAUUACAAUCCCAAAAAGUGAAAUCAAUAAAAUUUGAUGAAAAAGUAUCUCAAUCAAUUAGUAAAAAAAGACAAAUCCCACUUUCGGCAAAAAGCGAAAUUUGUGUUAUCACAACGGAAGAAGGAAAAAAUUAUAGUAUUAAAGCAGGUGUUGUUGGUUGGGUGAUCGAUUUUAAUAUAAAACUUGACGUUGAUAUGUUACAGAAAAAGCCAUUUACAGACGGUUAUAUUGCAAUCAUAAAGCCUAAACAGGAUGAUCCAAGAAAAGCAUUAAAUCUUUGUAUAAACGAAGGAAAGUACAAAGAAAUUAGAAAUUUAUGAAAAUUAUAUAGCGUGUGAUAGGCAAAAAACACAUUACCAACAUAGUAGUGUUAUUCAAUUCUCAUAAAAUGUAAAAUU